CAGCAGCAGCAAAGGCACACACCCUGGGGCCGGUCCUACCCUGUGGGGCUUCUCAGAUCUCUGGCCGGUGCCCACGGUACCGAGACCCAGGGUCCGGACACCACCCACUGACGGUCCGGCCCCUUCCUCUGCGCCCUCCCUUAUGGUAAAGUGCCUCCUCCUCGCCCCCUCCGCCGGUCCGGGUCCCGGGGAGGGGAAGGGGCGGGCAGCACUGGGGGUGUGACAGCUCCCGGCGGGACGAGUGCCAACUGCAGCUUCGCUCCAGCGCGGGUGCCAGCUGGCUCUUCUGGGGCGAAGGAGGAGGCUCGGGGUUCCUAGUCUUCGGGGCGGGUGGGGGGCUCCUCUACACCCCCAGCCCUCCACUCACCCGAGACGAGCCUCCCUACCCAGCCCCGCCUUCUGCUGCCUCUGGCAGCGGGUCCUGCUCGGAAGUGGCCUCCGGGACUCACCGACCCCCUCGGGGAUCCCGGGUGAGCAACCUGGAGCGCGCCGGGAUCCUCCAGCCUCUUGCACGAAGCCUGCACAGCUUGUGUGAGCAGAAGAAAUGAAGGUCGGCUGGCCAGGUGAGAGCCACUGGCAGGUGGGCCCAGCUGUGGAAGAGAGUCUAGCUGUGGGGGCGCCGCAAGUGGGGGGUCUCCCUGACGUGGUUCCCCAGGGGUCGCUGCUCAACAUGGUGCUGAAGAGGAUGCACCUGCCCCGGAGCUGCUCCUACCAGCUGGUGUUCGAGCACAGGCCACCCAGCCACAUCCAGGGGCUUCGCUGGGUGAGUCCACGCCACCUGCCAGGCUGGACACCUCUCACCAACAGCGAGGAGUCUCUGGAUUUCAGUGUGAACCUUGAGCAGGCCUCCACAGAGCGUGUGCUCCGGGCAGGGAAGCACUUACACCGACAUCUCCUUGCCACCUGCCCAACCCUCAUCCGGGACCGAAAAUAUCAUCUCCGGCUCUAUCGGCAGUGCUGCUCUGGCCGGGAGCUGGUAGAUGGGAUCUUGGCCUUGGGACUUGGGGUCCAUUCACGGAGCCAAGCUGUGGGCAUCUGCCAGGUGCUGCUGGAUGAAGGUGCCCUCUGCCAUGUGAAACACGACUGGACCUUCCAGGAUCGAGAUGCCCAGUUCUACCGAUUCUCUGGGCCUGAGCUUGAACCCUCAGCAGCUCACGAGGUGGAGGAGGAGCUGGUUGAGGCAAUGGCCCUGCUAUCUCAGCGGGGCCCUGACGCCCUGCUCACGGUGGCACUGCGGAAGCCCCCAGGUCAGCGCACAGAUGAGGAGCUGGACCUUAUUUUCGAGGAGUUACUACACAUCAAGGCCGUGGCCCACCUCUCUAACUCGGUGAAGCGGGAAUUAGCAGCUGUACUUCUCUUCGAACCACACAGCAAGGCAGGGACCGUUUUGUUCAGCCAAGGGGACAAGGGAACGUCAUGGUACAUUAUCUGGAAGGGAUCUGUCAAUGUGGUGACCCAUGGCAAGGGGCUAGUGACUACACUGCAUGAAGGAGAUGACUUUGGACAGCUGGCUCUGGUGAACGAUGCACCCAGGGCAGCCACCAUCAUCCUUAGAGAAGACAACUGUCACUUUCUUCGUGUGGACAAGCAGGACUUCAAUCGCAUCAUCAAGGAUGUGGAAGCGAAGACCAUGAGGCUGGAGGAACAUGGCAAAGUGGUACUGGUGCUGGAAAGAACUUUCCAGGGCACUGGCCCUUCUCGCCCCCCAACCCCAGGCAGGAACCGGUAUACGGUGAUGUCUGGCACUCCAGAGAAGAUCCUAGAACUCCUGUUGGAGGCUAUGCGUCCAGAUUCCAGUGCUCAUGACCCAACAGAAACAUUCCUCAGUGACUUCCUCCUGACCCACAGUGUCUUCAUGCCCAGCGCCCAGCUCUGCACUGCCCUCCUGCACCACUUCCAUGUGGAGCCAGCAGAGCCUGCUGGAGGCAGCGAGCAGGAGCGCAGCACCUACAUCUGUAACAAGAGGCAACAGAUCCUGCGGCUGGUCGGCCGGUGGGUGGCCGUGUAUGGCCCCAUGCUCCACUCAGACCCUGUCGCCACCAGCUUCCUCCAGAAACUCUCAGAUCUGGUGAGCAGGGAUGCCCGACUUAACAAUUUGCUGAGGGAGCAGUGGCCGGAGAGGCGGCGGCACCACAGGUUGGAGAAUGGCUGUGGAAAUGCAUCUCCUCAGAUCAAGGCCCGGAAUGCACCUGUUUGGUUCCCCAGCCAGGAUGAGCCCCUCCCUAGCAGCACUGGUGUCUUCAGAGUUGGAGACAAAGUCCCCUACGACAUCUGCAGGCCUGACCACUCUGUGCUGACCCUGCAUCUGCCUGUGACGGCCUCAGUGAGAGAGGUGAUGGCAGCUCUGGCCCGUGAGGACCACAGGACCAAGGGACGGGUGCUGGUCAAGGUCAAUUCUGCUGGUGAUGCCAUUGGCCUGCAGCCAGAUGCCCGCGGUGUGGCCACAUCCCUGGGGCUCAACGAGCGGCUCUUUGUUGUCGACCCACAGGAAGUGCAUAAGCUGACCCCACACCCUGAGCAACUGGGACCCACACUGGGCUCUACUGAGAUGCUGGACCUGGUAAGUGCCAAGGACCUGGCAGGCCAACUAACAGACCACGACUGGAACCUCUUCAACAGUAUUCACCAGGUGGAGCUGAUCCACUACGUGCUGGGCCCCCAACACCUGCGGGACGCCACCACUGCCAACCUGGAGCGCUUCAUGCGCCGCUUCAAUGAGCUGCAGUACUGGGUGGCCACAGAGCUCUGUCUCUGCCCCAUGCCUGGUCCCCGGGCUCAGCUGCUCCGGAAGUUCAUCAAGCUGGCGGCCCACCUCAAGGAGCAAAAGAAUCUCAACUCCUUCUUCGCAGUCAUGUUUGGUCUCAGCAACUCAGCCAUCAGCCGCCUGGCCCACACCUGGGAGCGGUUGCCACACAAAGUCCGGAAGCUAUAUUCUGCCCUGGAGAGGCUGCUGGACCCCUCAUGGAACCACCGUGUGUAUCGAUUGGCACUCAGCAAGCUCUCCCCUCCUGUCAUUCCCUUCAUGCCCUUGCUUCUCAAAGACAUGACCUUCAUCCAUGAGGGAAACCACACACUAGUAGAGAACCUCAUCAACUUUGAAAAGAUGGCCAGGUUCUGGGCCCUCAGGCCAGAUCUUAUGUCUUUGUGUUGCCUGCAGCGAAUGAUGGCCAGAGCUGUGAGGAUGCUGCAGCACUGUCGGGGCCACAGCAUUGUGCCUCUCUCACCACUCAGAAGCCGAGCUUCCCACUUCCACGAGGACAGCCAGGUGUCAAGGAUUUCCACGUGCUCCGAGCAGUCCCUGAGCACCCGGAGUCCAGCCAGCACCUGGGCUUAUGUCCAGCAGCUGAAGGUCAUCGACAACCAACGGGAACUGUCACGCCUCUCCCGGGAGCUGGAGCCAUGAAGAGAUCCGGGCUGGAGUAGGCGCUUCCCACCAGGAAAGCCAGGGCUGGCCGGGCCAAGAGGCCCACAAGCCAGCCACAGCUGGGCAGGGCUCUCCACCGAGUGGACUCAAGGCCCUGGAGUGGGCAGUUUGGAGGCAGCGGUCCCCUGUGAUGAUUGUUGGCUAAGGAGGUCUUUGGAGUGAAAUUGAGCUGGCCCCAAGGCCAAGGAAUGGGGGAUGUUGAGGCCCUGGAGUGGGUGGGAGAGCCGGGAGGCGCAGGACUUCGCGUUCAAUAGAGAGCUCACCUCA